UUAGAAGGCGCCAUUUACACUCUUAUGAGGGCCAAACUUUAGAGGUUUUCCAACAUAUAAACUCUUAUAUACUUGUAUAUAGGUUCCAUGUUUCCUUACUUUAUACCUCUCAUUGUAAACAUGAAACCAAAUCCUACAUUUUCCUUCAUAUUCACUCUCCUUUUCACGGGGCUUCUCUAUACACACCUGCCUUCUACCGCCGCGUUCGUCAGCCCGACGGCUGCCGCCUCUACCACCACCGGUCCGAACACCGAAUUCAUCUAUAAGAGCUGUCAGCACACACUCUACCCCGACGUAUGCUACGCCACGCUCUCCGGCUACGCUAGCGCCGUACAGCAAGACGCCGGCCGGCUGGCUCGCGUGGCCAUCGCGGUUAGCCUGAGCAAAGCCAGGAGGGUGACGACUUACGUCAACAACAACCUCUCUCCGCUGGCUGAUAACGGAGACGACCACCGAGUGGCGGCGGUGCUCAACGACUGCUCCUCCACCCUCGGAGACUCCGUUGACCAGAUGCAGGACUCGCUCAUGCAGAUGAAACGGCUCGGUGGCUCGGCUGACGAGCAAGGGUUUCAGCUCAACAAUGUGCUGACGUGGAUGAGUGCCGCCGAGACGAACGAGGACACGUGUGUGGACGGAUUUGAUGACGUGGAAAGUGGGCCCGUCAGAUCCGGCGUGUACAAUGGGGUUGUGAAGGUUAAGGAGCUGACGAGUAAUGCGCUAGCUUUGGUCAACGCCCUUGCUAAUAAGGUUGCAAUCCCAUAAUUAAAUCCAUGUUGGAGUACGUCAUAUAAUAUCUGUCUAAUUUGAAUAGUUUUUUUAAUUAAUGACGGUUUGAUUGGUCAUAGUGGUCUAUAUGAAUAUUGGUCUAUGUGAUUUAAUUAUAGAAGUAACGUAUAGUAAUUAAGUAAACUUGGGUAAAAAUUCCAUCCUCUAGAGCUAUUUAUGCGGUGGAAUUCUAAGAAAUACUUGGGAAAAUUGUCAAAUAAGUCCUCCUACUUUGUACGAAAAGUCAAUUAAGUCCUCCUACUUCAAAAACAUUCAAUUAAAUCCUCUCACUCUGAAAAAACGCCCAAUCAAGCUAUUUUGCCGGUGAACAACCGGUUUCCCAGUUGCUGGCGCACGUGGGCUGCCACGUCUGUUUUUUCUUUUUUGUUUCGGUUUUCCUUUUAUUUUUUCCCUCUGUUUCUUUCGUUCUUCCCGUCCCAGUCCUUUCAACUUUGGAGCUUCUGCCAUUAAUUGAUGUUUGGAGCUUUGUUUACAUUCAUGACCAGUUUUGAAGGUCCUGAAUUUAGUUUUCAGGUUAGGUUUAAAAAAAUCACAAGCGGCGCUAUCUCUGGCGAUUUAGAUUUUCUCUGGAUAAUCUUUUCUAUUUAUUUAGGUUGUUGAAGCUCGAUUUGGUUGCCAAUCGGCCAUUGAUGGCGAUUGAGAAGCUCGGUUAUGGUUGAAUCUGCCAUUGAUGAGCAAUUGGGGCUGCAUUGGAACCUCGAGUGCGUUCUAAAUUCAUUUGGCAGACAUCAGAGUUGAUCAAUGGUUCUAAACUUGCAUUUGGUGUUCAUCCUCCAUUAAUGGAGGCUGGAAGCUCAGCAGGCAGUGGUUCAUCCUUCAAUUCAAUUGAGUGUUUCUCACAAUGACAACUCCGACGAAGACAGGGACAAGAGUAGCAUAGGUAACCCUAGCCUCUCUUCGAGGUCAUGAGCUAGGGGCACAAGGCAGUGAAGAAGGUGUUGGCGCCGACUGCCUGGAUGAAGGGUCUGGAAGGUGUAGCAGGAGAAAGAAUACAUACUAGGAAAGAUGGAAAGACUAUUGAAGGAGUGUGGAAGGUGCUGGGGAGAAACGAAGGAUGGGAAAAAAAGGAAAACAAGAAGAAACGAAGAAACGCCACGUAGGCCACAACAUGGUCUUGUUAACCGGGAAAUCGGAUUUUAACCGACUAAACUGCUCAAUUGAGCAUUUUUUAAGAGUUCAGGGAUUCAAUUGGGUGUUUUUAAAGUACAAGGACUUAAUUGACUUUUCUUACAUAGUAGGAGGACUUAUUUGACAGUUUUCCCGAAAUACUUCGUAUGCAUAUAUUAUUAUCACCCCUCUAUCUUUCUUAGAGAAGAGUGUAUAUUGGUCACAACUUUUAUGAAAAUACUCCUGUGUAUCAACAAAAC